AUGUCAUAUAUAUUGGUCACGAAAAAAAUAGUGUCUUCUCUGAUAAGAGCACAUGUCAUUACUAGGUCAUACAUAACUCCUUCCCUAGACCAUCUAAACGAAAAGGAUGGACUACCGGGUCUAUAUUCGUCGCAAGGUUUGCGCAAUGCUUGGUAUGAGAGAGUUCAACAUCAUACCGAUGAAUUAAACAAAUUCGUUGAUGAGAAUACUGAUGAAAGGCCAAUAUUACAAUUAAUUAAUGAUCAUAGUAAAUCAUUCACCAAAAGAAAUCUGGUUAAAAAUGCCGCUAUGAUUCAUAAUCUAACUUUUGCUAAUAAUUCAUUAACUGCCUCCAAUGUAAAUUUUGAUUAUCAACUACCAUUAGCAAAUAAAAAGACAACAUUGAUCAAGGACUCUGUGGAUAUUAAAUUGAAUUACAAAAACGAGCCUGAUAAAAUUACUUAUAAGAAGUUAUAUCCAGCUAUCUUAUCCUCCUUUGGUUCCAUGGUUGAAUUCAGAACUUUACUGUUGAAUUCAAAUCUAGGCAUUUCAGGUGAUGGUUUUACAUGGCUAGUCGCAAGAAAACAUCAAGCAUAUGAUUACUCAAUGGAAUCAUCCAACUAUUCAGAAGUGAAAUUCGAUAGGCUAUUUGUUGUGAAUACAUAUAAUGCAGGAACUCCUUUUAAUUUUAAUAAAUCAAAUCAAAUGACUGAAUUGAAAUUAUUUCAAGAAAAAGAAUUAAAGACUCAACAAACUGAAGAACAAAUAGAGGAACUUGCAAAAAAAGAUGAAAACAAAGAAAAAGAUAUCAAUGAUGUUCUUGAAGCUCAUUCUUAUGAUAAGAAUGUUUCAUAUAUUCCGCUAUUAGCAAUUGAUGCUUCUCCAAAAUGUUGGUUACAUGACUAUGGUGUUUUUGGCAAAGAACAAUAUUUGAACAAUGUUUGGGAGUCAAUAAAUUGGGAUGUUGUAGAAUCAAGAAUGCCAGAAUUAUCACAGCAAUAUAAAGUUGUCAUAUAA